UGCACAUUCUUUUCUUCCCCCCAUUGGACGCACAACCAAUCGAUGAUGGAGGCUUCACAGAGGAAGCUCUCGGCAGCCGUCGUCCUCCUCCUUCUGCUCAUCGUGGCUGCCGAGAUGGGGCCGGUUCAGGCGGGGGAGUGCCUGUCACAGAGCAAGACGUUCAAGGGGUGGUGCUUCAACUCGGAUCGCUGCAACGACAAGUGCCUCAAGGAGAGCAGCGCCUACUCCGGCGGCAAGUGCCGCGGCCUCUAUUUUCUAUGCUUUUGCAUCACGCCGUGCGCGGCCUCGUUAGAAUGAACACAAGAAAUGUAUUAUUGGGGUCUUGUGCCCACGGGUUUUCUUGCAGAAAAUCCGGUCGUGGUAAUAAAGGGAAGCGCUAAAUUUUAGUUGACUCAAA